AUGAAAACGGUUGGGGGACAAAAACUACUAACAGAAAUCGAGGAAGAAAAUCUUGUAAAUGUUCUGGUAGCUGUAAGUGACUAUGGUUCUCCAAUGACCAAGUUAGACCUGAAAAUGCUUGUUUUUAAUUAUUUAGAAAAAAAUUCACGCAGUCAUAUUUUUAAUGGAAAAAUGCCCGGAAACACUUGGGUAGAAAAUUUUUUAAAUAGACAUUCAUCAAAAUUAUCAGUUCGAACUACACAAAAUAUAAAAAAGGUCCGGGCCGAGAAAGGUCUGCUAGAAAUGCAAAAUUUCUUCGAUAAUUUACAAGCGACGCUGAAGGAUAUUCCACCUAGUAACAUCCUUAACUACGAUGAGACUAAUUUGUCUGAUAACCCGAGUAAUUUAAAAUGCAUUUUUAGAAGGGGCAUAAAAUAUCCCGAAAGAAUUUUAAACAGUUCUAAGAGUUGUGUUUCGAUUAUAUUUACGGUGUCUGCAGCUGGUGACUGUCUUCCAACAUAUGUAGUAUAUAAAGCUACAAAUCUAUAUUCCGAAUGGGUUGACGGAGGUCCUGAUGGAACUCGUUACAAUUGCACGAAAUCGGGUUGGUUUGACUCUGCCUGUUUUGAGGAUUAUUUUAGAACAAUUAUACUAAAGUGGGCAAAGAAUCUUUCAGGGCCAAAAGUCAUAAUAGGUGACAAUUUGUCUAGUCACCUAAAUAUCGAAGUUGUGGAGCUAUGCCAAAAAUAUGAUAUUAGGUUUGUGUUUCUUCCACCUAACUCCACACAUCUGACCCAACCUCUAGAUGUAGCGUUUUUUGCCCCUUUAAAAAGAGAAUGGAGGAAGGUACUCACAAAUUACAAAAUUCAAAAUCCGGAACAGUCAACUAUUAAUAAAAAGCACUUUCCUAAACUCUUGAACGAAUUAUUAAAAAAUAUUAAUCUCAGAGAAAGUAAUAAUAUUAAAAGUGGAUUUAGAGCCGCGGGAAUAUGGCCAGUUAAUGCCCGAAAUGUUUUGAAACGAAUACCUGAGUAUUUUGACGAAGAAGUGUACAGAAUAGAUUCAGCUUUAUUAGAUUACCUACAAAAAACAAGGUGUUCUAAACCAAUGGCAGUGAAAAGGAGUAAGAAAUUACGUACAGAACCAGGCAAGUCAGUUUGUGCCGCCGAUAUUUUAAUAAAAACAACUAGUAACAAAAGUGUUCAAAAUAAGAAAUCCAAAAGAUUUGAAAACUAUCAGGAUAAUUUUAAUGAUAUAGAAAGCAGCAGGCAAGAUUGUGAGAUAAAUAUAUUAGAAGAAGUGACUACUGUAAGAGACAUAGAAGAAAAUGAGCUCGUAUUGGAUGAUAAAAUAGGAUUUUUUUUUAAAAAACACACCUGA